AUGUCAUCAAUCAAUUUUAUAGUUUCAACUCCAAAUAACAAGAAAAACACAUUAUCUGGCCAUAGAAUCUUUGAAUUCGACAAAGAAACAAAUAGAUUAUCGGUCAUCCCUUAUUACCAAAGUUCUACAAACUCAGAUAAGAAUAUCAGCAUUCAAUCGAUUUUGACUUUGCAUUCGAAUGAUCCUGAGUUCAAGAAUAACGAUAUCUUAAUUAUAGCCAAAUCUAAUGGGUUUAUUGAAAUUAUAUGCGACAUUAAUUACAAAAUACAAAACAAGCUAGAUUUGAGACCAGAUUUCUUAUUAAAAUGUAUUCCGGAAGAUUUCAAUGCCUCAUUUGCCAAUGAGUUCCUUAUUAAUGAUUUAAACUAUAAUAAUGGGCUAUUAUAUUGCUGUACUUGUUCCGGUAGAUUAUACAUUUUCAUUCUAAACUUACAUUCAUCAUAUUUGCCUACUCAAGAUUUCUCGCCUUCUGAUGUAUCAAUAAUGCAGUUUACUCAAGAAGAAACUUUAUUCCAAAAUAUUAUCUCGUACACAAGAGAUCGUCCCAUGACACAUUUUCUUUUACCAUGUAUGGAUAACUCCCACCUAACCCAUUCUCCAUUUCUUUCGUUAUCUUUGCAAGAAAACAAUGAUAUUUACCCUCCAGAUUUACCAACAUAUAGAACUUCCAUCUAUAGUUUUAUCGGUAACGGUAAUAUCAUUUCAUUCAAAUUGAAUCCUUUAAAAUUCCUAUCUUUUAUAAUCACCACAAUUCCAAAGAAUUCGUUUGCCACUUCCACUGUUUCAAUUAGAAAAAUUCAAUUACCCUUAAGAUUUAUUCAUUUCAUUCAAUCAUAUAACUCCAUCAAACAUCAUUUACAAACUUUUUCCAAGACAACAAGACCCAUCAAUUUUAAUAAAUUAGCUAAAUUGAUUGGUUAUAAUUCAGUCUACGAUUGGUUUUUAUCGAAUGAUUUAGAUUCAAUCACUAAUCAAAAUAGAAUCAAAAUCAACUCCAUUACUUGGGACGAAAUUGCCAAGAGAGAUGGUACUGCUAUCUUGUCAACUUUCUUGGUUUGGAAACAAAAGAAAAAAUCAAAUAAUAAUAAUAAUAGAUCAUCAUUUUUAAGUAAUUCCGCUAAUUUUUUAAAUAGAUCAAAUUCAAUCCACCCACAACAAUUAACAAAUGAUAAUAUUCGUUAUCUAUUUAAUAAAGAAUUAUCUCCAACUUAUAAUAAUCAUUCAGAUGAAUUAGAUUUGACAAAUCUUACAACUGUUAAUCAAAAUGAUUAUUCUUCAUUGAAUAAAAAUAAUUCUUAUACAAUAGAUUUCUUACCAAUCAUAACUUCCAUAACCACAACGACAUCUAUUGAACCACUUUUCAUUCCGUCUUCGCAUAAUAUAGACCCUAUCUCGAAUUCAACAAUAGAAAAUAAAUUGGGUAUUUUAUUGGUUGAUAAGUAUAACUCCAUAUCUCUUUAUGAUUCAUUAUUGUCAAGUUUCAAUAUAUCUUCGUUGGAAAUGUCAACUACUACUCUAAAUCUUUGUAAUAAUAUAUUUCGAAAUGAUAGAAAUACUUUUGAUUAUAAUAAUAUGAAUGGUUUAUAUUCUAAGUUUAAUAAUAAUUCGAAACAAAUGAUUCGAUUUUUAAAUGAUGAAAAUAAUCAUUUAAAAAUGAAUUUGAAUCUAGUCAAUAGUUUUUAUAAGAUUUAUGCUGUGCCAAUUAAAAAUCAUGAAUUAGAAUAUCUCUUUUUAACCUCUUAUGGUGUAUUAUUUUUGAAAAAUAAUACUACAAAUAAUAAUAUAAAUGACAGCAUUGUUAAUCACGCAGAUAUGGGAAUUAGUGAUAGUAGUUCUCAUAUUGGUUUAUUUUUUAAAGAAAUAAAUGAUCAUUUUGAUAUUGAUAAAUUAUCAACUAAUUCAAUAAAAUUCGCUCCAAGUUUAAUGGACAUUAUUAAUGAUUCAAUUUUAAUAAUUGAUGAAGAUGAUAAUUUAAUUAAUGAAAAAUCUUCUAACACUAAUGACAAUAAUAACGUUUAUCUAAAAUUUAUUCUAAUCGUAACUUGUUUACCUUCACAAAUUAAAGCAUAUAGAGGAACUUUCUAUAAAGAUUCAAAAAUUGGUGAACUCUCUUUAUGUGAUUCAUUAAAAUUAACAACGAAGGAUAGAACAUUGACUAAAAUGUCAAUAUUAAGCAAAUAA